AUGGCUGAGCUCGGGGCGAAGGAUGGACAGGCAGGGUCAGGACCGGGGGAGGCGGAGGAGGAGACAGUGGGGCAGGCCGGCACCCAGGUGCGUUCAUCGCAGCAGCGAUGGGCUUUACUCAAGGCUGCUAUCUUGCGAGCUCAACGGCAAGCGAAGGGCGGGUCAACCACAGAAGCGACCGCAGCCAGCGCGCCUGGUGUCGAGGGAAGCGUUCGCAGCAUAGCCUCCUACGGACUCGUACACCAGCUCGACAGCGCUCCAGCCACGGACAAAGCCGCUGGUCAUGCAGAUGACGGUGAUUUUGUCUUGCUCAAGAGCCAGCAUUUCCCUUGGGAGCAGCGCGUGUUUCUUCUUCGGCCCGUGGUCUCUCUGGAGGCCAUGAUGGGCUUCAACAACACUGGCAAUGUGUGCAUCUGGCCAGCUGAGGAGCUCUUGUGCCACGUCGUGCUGGCACAUCCAGAAUUGGUGGCCGGCAAGUCCGUACUGGAGCUUGGAGGCGGCAUGGCACCCAUUGCCGGACUUGCCUGCUUACAUGCCGGAGCAGCGAGUGUGCUGGUCACAGACGGGAAUCCACGCUCAGUCCAAGCCAUGCGUCGCACAAUGAGCCAGCUACCUUCUUCGGAGCAGAAGCGGCUGCAAGCCCAAGUCCUAGACUGGACAGAUGCCGCUGCUGUGGAUCAGUUGCAGGCAACUGCAGAUGUGGUACUGGCUGCAGAUUGCCUCUUCUUUACACAGGUGCACGAUUCGUUGGCCCGCCUCAUGGCCUCAGUGCUUCGACCCCAGGGGUUCGUGCUGUCCUCGGCACCCGAUCGCAAUGGUACUCGAGUACAGUUUCUGGCCGUAGCUCGAGGUGCUGGUCUGGCUGUGGUAGAGGAUUGCCCGAACCUUUUGGACGCCGCCGCGCAAGAGCAACUGCUGCAGACCAAGAAGCAACCCCUCUUCAAUGCAUCCCUCCACCUGGCACAUUUGGAUCGCUUGGCCUUUGCGUAGCUGCUGCCGUGACGGAUGGGUUGCCAUUCCCUUUGGCAUUGUACUUAACAAGGUGGCAGGGCCUUGAUCCAGGCAUACACAGAAUCAAACAAAUUAAUCAUCUGAUACG